GACAAGACUGUGUGAAGACUUGAGACUCGCAUCGGUUCCAAGCCAUGUGUGGGACCAGGACCCAUGUAUUGUGAGAUCCAGCUGAUCUUGUCUUUCCGUGCUCCCCGUGUUGUGACUCCGUCAUGCCGGCCUCUGAUUGGCUGUCCCCGGACACACGGAGCGGGUCGCUCUCCUCGGUGCUGAAUGUUGAAAUCGCUGCUCGGCGUGAUAAUGUAACAGCGAUGAGGCCGAAAGGAGCGUCCGCCAAUAAACACUAAAAUGGACGAUGAUCUGUUCCAACUGAGACAGCUGCCUGUUGUCCGCUUCCGUCGUACAGGUGAGAGUACACGCUCUGAGGAUGAGGCUGAGAAUCGGGAACAGGUUGUCAGGAUUGCAGAACAGACUGAUCUGGAGUCUGUGGCGCUUGCAGAUGGUGCUGCAGUUCCACGGGAGUUCGCCAAUCCUACUGAUGUAUACAGUAGCAUGAAUUAUUUAAGUCAUAUCUCAUGGAUGGAUUUUAAGAUUCUUCAUGUUUCUUCAGACACAUUCAUGGUAGAGGAUGCUGUAGAGGCCAUAGGCUUCGGGACCUUUCAGUGGAAACUCUCCAUCCUCACUGGUCUAUCCUGGAUGGCUGAUGCUAUGGAGAUGAUGAUCCUUAGCAUCUUGGCCCCUCAGCUCCACUGUGAAUGGAGACUGCCAAGCCUUGAGGUGGCACUACUUACAUCGGCUGUGUUUAUCGGAAUGAUGAUCAGCUCCUCCCUUUGGGGUAACAUUUCUGAUAAGUACGGCAGAAAGACAGGGCUGACCAUGAGUGUGUUAUGGACAAUGUUCUACGGCAUUAUGAGUGCAUUUGCACCCAUUUAUGGCUGGAUCCUGUUCCUCCGUGCACUGGUGGGCUUUGGCAUUGGUGGAGCCCCACAGUCGGUGACACUAUACGCUGAAUUUCUGCCAAUGAAGUCAAGAGCUACGUGCAUCUUGCUAAUUGAGAUAUUUUGGGCAUUGGGCACUGUAUUUGAAGUCCUCUUGGCAAUCCUAGUGAUGCCCACUCUGGGUUGGCGCUGGCUGCUUGGCCUUUCUACCAUUCCUCUCUUCAUCUUUGCUUUUCUAUGUUUUUGGUUGCCAGAGAGUGCUAGAUAUGACGUGUUGACAGGAAAUCAAGAAAAAGCUCUGGCCACACUAAAACGUAUUGCAGCAGAGAAUGGAGCACCGAUGCCACUGGGGAAACUUAUUGCUGCCAGACAGGAGGAUCGUGGGAAGAUGAAAGACUUAUUUUCAUCACACUUUCGUUGGACAACAGUUCUGCUUUGGUUUAUUUGGUUUGCCAAUGCCUUCUCCUACUACGGACUGGUGCUGCUCACCACAGAGCUCUUCCAAGAAGGUGGCGCAUGUGGAAUGUCCAAAGGUAAUAAGAUGGAGCUCCGAUGCAACUUGGAGUGUAAAUAUCUCAAUUCUGAUGACUAUAAAGACCUGUUGUGGACCACCUUAUCUGAAUUCCCAGGGCUUCUGGUGACACUGUGGGCUAUUGACCGAUUGGGAAGGAGGAAAACCAUGGCUCUGUGUUUCUUUGUCUUCUCUAUGUGCAUUAUUCCACUCUAUGGUUGUGUCGGGAGGGCAUCCAUGACAGUCUUGAUAUUCAUUGCCAGAGCUUUCAUUGCAGGAGGGUUUCAGGCUGCAUAUGUGUACACUCCAGAGGUGUACCCAACAGCGACCCGGGCUUUAGGAUUGGGAACAAGUAGUGGAAUGGCCAGAGUUGGUGCUCUCAUUACACCUUUUGUUGCACAGGUGAUGUUGGAGUCUUCGGUGUACCUGGCUCUCUCAGUGUACUGCUGCUGCUGCCUCUUAGCUGCCAUUGCCUCCUGUGCACUGCCAAUUGAGACCACAGGACGGGGCCUCCAGGAAUCCAGCCACCGUGAGUGGGGCCAGGAGAUGAUGGGCCGUGCCUCCUCCCACAACGCGGGGGGAAUCCCUCACUCCAGCUCUGCCUCCUAAGGUUAAGGACAUGCUGGAGGUGGUAGAAGAUAAAAAAAAAAAAAAUACAGGGAGAGGCAAGAAAGCUAGUCUAGUUUUCUGUGUCCAUCUCCACUUUCAUCUUAUGACUCCUAAGUUUAGGCACUACAGUGGCUUCAGUUUGGGCCAGGCAGCACAAUAUUUUCAAAACAUGUCACUGUACUUACUGUAUAGUCUUCAACUACCAUUGCUGUCACAAUUUUGUCACCGUUUAACUGCACACUGGGUGACUUGAAUGAGCAAAUGACCUACAUGGGUGCAAGAUUACAUAUCCUAACUGUAUGAUGGUGACAUGUGACACCUUCUGGAAUGAGUGAGAAUUUAAAUACUUGAAGCCAAGUAUUUGAAUCAUGCUUUUCUAAUUCAAAAGAAGCAAAUGAGGAAAAAUACAGGGUGAGAAGUUAGGAGAUAUGACAAAAUAGCUUAAAAAAAAAGUAAUAUCUUUCAUAAAGAGCCUUAAUACUACCUAUUUAGAAAGUGGUUGAUACAGUCAACCCUAUGAUAAAGCUGCUUCUUAUACAUGCUGAUGAUAGACGCAUAGAUAAGAAAGAAUAUCAUCUUGUGCACACUAACUGCCUGUUUAAGUCCAUUUACUAGAAUCUCAGCUUUACAAGAAAGGCAUUGCUGGAGUGAAAAACAGAUUCACAUCAUUACAUUUUCAAGGAACUAGUUACAGUAGGUCAGUGAAAGGGUUAACUGAAAAAUUAAGUUGAAAAUUCACAGCAUUCAGUUGGCUAUAUUUUUUUUCCAUGGUGUAUAAAUGCCCAUUUUGUUGUGUUUUCAUGUGAAUGACCAGAACACUCAAGUGUCACAGUGUGGUUGUUUUCCCCAAAGAAGCAGACAAAAGACAGGGGUUUCUUCUGUAACAAAGACAAGGGUCACUUCAAUCUUUGAUUAUUUGACUUUUUAUUUAUACCUAUCUAACAAAUCUGCAGAAAAAUUCAUCUGAGACAUCAUUGAAAUUCCUCAGAAUUUCCUAAUUUGAUAACAAUGUGUAAUUUACAAAAA